AUGGCGGAACUGGGCAAGAAGUACUGCGUGUACUGCCUGGCCGAGGUGAGCCCGCUGCGCUUCCGCUGCACCGAGUGCGCCGACAUCGAGCUGUGUCCCGAGUGCUUCUCGGCCGGCGCCGAGAUCGGCCCGCACCGCCGAUGGCACGGCUACCAGCUCGUCGACGGCGGCCGCUUCACGCUGUGGGGCGCCGAGGCCGAGGGCGGCUGGAGCAGCCGCGAGGAGCAGCUGCUGCUCGACGCCAUCGAGCAGUUCGGCUUCGGCAACUGGGAGGACAUGGCGGCGCACGUGGGCGCGUCGCGCUCGCCGCAGGAGGUGAUGGAGCACUACGUGAGCAUGUACAUCCACGGCAACCUGGGCAAGGCCUGCAUCCCCGACGCCAUCCCCAACCGCGUCACGGACCACACGUGCCCCGGCGGCGGGCCGCUCUCGCCCAGCCUCACCACGCCGCUGCCGCCGCUCGACAUCUCGGUGGCCGAGCAGCAGCAGCUGGGCUACAUGCCGCUGCGCGACGACUACGAGAUCGAGUACGACCAGGACGCCGAGACGCUCAUCAGCGGCCUCUCCGUCAACUACGACGACGAGGAYGUGGAGAUCGAGCUGAAGCGGGCGCACGUGGACAUGUACGUGCGGAAGCUCAAGGAGAGGCAGCGGCGCAAGAACAUCGCCCGCGACUACAACCUGGUGCCCGCCUUCCUGGGCAAGGACAAGAAGGAGAAGGAGAAGGCCCCCAAGCGCAAGAUCACCAAGGAGGAGAAGGAGCUGCGGCUCAAGCUGCGGCCCCUCUAUCAGUUCAUGUCGUGCAAGGAGUUCGAGGACUUCUUCGAGAACAUGCACAAGGAGCGGGUGCUGCGGGCCAAGAUCCGGGAGCUGCAGCGGUACCGGCGCAACGGGAUCACCAAGAUGGAGGAGUCGGCGGAGUACGAGGCGGCGAGGCACAAACGGGAAAAGAGAAAGGAGAACAAGAACAUAGCGAGUGCCAAGAGGGGCAAGGAAGACGGGAAGGAAGGGGAAUUCGCCGCCAUCGAAAACCUGCCUGGGUUUGAACUCUUGUCGGACAGAGAAAAGGUGCUCUGCAGCUCCCUGAACCUGAGCCCCGCGCGCUACGUAACUGUGAAAACUAUAAUCAUUAAAGACCACCUCCAAAAGAGACAAGGAAUCCCCUCAAAGAGUCGCCUCCCCAGUUACCUAGAUAAAGUCCUGAAGAAAAGGAUUUUAAACUUUCUAACAGAGAGCGGUUGGAUAUCCAGGGAUGCCUCAUGAAACGCAGCCCACCUGAACCCCGCUCCAAGGCGCGUUGUGGCCUCGAGGACUCCGUGGGUUUUUCUUUUUCUUUUUUUUUUUUUUUUAUUUUCUUUCCCCUUCUCUCUCCAGAGAUUCAGAAAUUCUCCUGCUUAAAACAGGCUAAAGAAGUGAAAGGCCCCGUGGCGCCCGCGCUCUGGGCUCGGACGG